UUCUCUUCCGUCCGCCAUCUUGGUUCCAGGUCACUCGACACACCUGUGGUAGAAACAUGAGGAACAGGUAUUGAAAUGUUUGACCUUGGUUUGAGUUUGAAUCUGGAAAAGUCUUCAGAACAAAGAUCAAGGUAACCCCCGUCUCCCCUGUCAAAUCCCCAUCACUCAGCAACAGCCCGUGCCCUGUCUUUGACAUUAUACUGUGGAUCCCACCCCAUGGAAGCGGGCCAGAGGAGAAAAAGGUCCCUUGUGGUCCCUCUCUUCCAUAUUAGUUUCCAAAAGGCAUCUUUAAUGCUGCAAGAGAGCGAGCUGUGAGGCAGCAAGAAAGCGAGGCGAGCAGGAUUGCUAUCUUCGUGACAGCUUUUCCGCUUGGCAGGCUGCGUGUGAGCCGGGGAACUGGACUGGACUGUGGUGUUUCGUGGAGGAGGUGGGGGAGCAAGAGGGAGAGCUGAGAGGCAAGCUGGACAGAUGGAGGACGGCAUCCAGCACCUGGGACACUGCAUGGUUGACAUGAAGGAACUGAGUGCCAACCCUGAAGGACUGAUUGCUGCCGGUGUUAUUCUCACACCCAAGCUGCCUCAAGUGGAGUUCAGCCUUGCCUGUAAUGAUCUGGUGGCCUCGGGCAGAGACAGGAAGCCCAAUGCUUUGGUCCAGGUGGCUGUCAUAGAUCCACACAAGCAGCACCUCGUCAGUCAGGCCUGCACAGAGGUAGUGGAGGCGAACAAAGACCCACUAUUUCUGACGGGGGUGACCUUCCCUUCAGAGUAUCCUGCUAGCCCGGAGACACUAGUCAAGCUAACUGUGUAUGAUUCAAAGGACAAGAGCCAGGAAUCAAGCAACUUCCUGGGCAGUGCCACAUUUUCUGUCGGUGAUCUGCUGAGGGCUAAAGAUGAGCGACUGACCUUGAGUCUUAGGUCAUCUGAUGGUGUGUGUGCAGCAGGAACAGUGUUGGUGAGUCGUCUGAAGAUGGGGGAGAUGGAGGAGGUUGAUGUGGACCAUAUCACCUCUGACAUUCCACCACAGAAGUGUCCCUUGGUUUGUGAUUCUGCAUCCCAUGCCUGCGUCGACAGAGAAAAUAACCCACUUACAGGACCAGUGUUCAAGAACCCAGUAUGCAAAGUAUACAGAUUUCAAACAAUGGACAGCAAGUGGAUGCUGGUGCGGGAACAAAUGGAGGAGUGCACGUUGUCCUUUAGCAUCCCCAGACAGCUGCUCUCUCUGUACAUUCAGGAGGACAUGAAUAGGGUGCAGGACCUGAGGGAGCUGGGGGAGCUCUCUCCUCAUUGGGACAACUUAAGGAAGGAGGUGAUGGCCCGGUAUGGCGGAAUCAUCAGCUCCUACCAGGAGACUUUGGCUGAACUGGACAAGAUAACCGGUCGAUCAUUCAAGCCAAGCUGCUGCAAAGCCCAGAAAUCUCUGGAGUUCAUCCCAAUAAACUUGCACACGCAGAGGAUGAGGGUGACGUGCCCCAGAAAAACAGGGAUCCUCAGCAGGCUCAGACAGGGGGGUUCAUCCUCACCCAGGCUGAAAGAUGCAUUCUAUGACAUUGUCACUGUCGGUGCCCCCGCAGCCCAUUUCCAGGGCUUCAAGUGUGGUGGUCUGCAGCGUCUGCUAAGCAGAUAUGAAGCAGAGAAAAAGAGCUUCAGCACUGCCUACCAGUGUAUCUACUACUCACCAGAGCACACAGCCAAAGCUCAGGAGGUACUCAGCACCAUGAGCCUCCUCCAGCCCCUCAUCACAAGCUCAGCGGACCAGCUCCUCCAGGCUGCCCAGGAGCGCUCUUCAACUGGACUAAAGGAUGUACUCAAGAACCUUUCUGACAAGACAGAGCAAUUUGUUCACACACUUAAGGAUGAAUUGGUCAAGAGUGCACUGCUAGCGCUGCAUGCAGCACAGCCCGGGUACGUUUCCAAGAACCAGAAGCAAACCCCAGCGCAGGCCGGCCAACAUCAAGGUCACAUCCACCAGUGCAGCGACCAGAAUCAGAGCCCGGUGCAAGGACUCCCAGGACACAGUCCAGCCACGUCCGUCACUGAGAGUACAGUGAUGUGUAAUAAUGUGGACGGAUCACAAACCACGACAAAAGGAGAAGGUGGAACUCUGCCUCUGAAGCACCAAGACUCCAUUCCGCACCAUAAAGAGUACGACGAGGAGGAAUGGGACAGGGUGUGGGCCAACGUGGCCAAAUGUCUGAACUGUGUCAUCGCCAUGGUGGAUAAACUGCAGGAGGAAGACAACAACAGACAGGAGCCAGUCCCUGAGCAGCAGCUGGCUGACGUCAUCACCUCACACAACUCUGGUGACUGGAAGGAGCAGCUGUGUCCUCUGGUGACCAGGUUAAAGGACUGUGUGAAGGAGGUGGCGGAGAAAGCUAAGAGAGCCAUGACUUUCGUGCUCCUGCAGGAGGCAGCCUGCAGCAUACCGCAGGGCUUCCUCCUCCAGCAGAGGCGGGACGUGGUCUUCAGUCAGGCACUGGCAGCCUUGGCCUGUGGUUUCGUCAUGAGGCUCUAUGCAGGAAUGGAGGACAAAGGCUUCCUGAGGCAGCUCCAGCUGGUUGGCCUAGUAGCUCAGUUUGAGAGUCUGCUCAGCACCCAUAGUGAAGAGAUUGGGAUGCUGGAGGACAUGGAGGUUGGAAUCUCAGACCUGCAAAGAGUUGUGUUCAAGAUCACAGAGGCUAAGACAGAUGACCUCAGUGACCUCCAGCCUUUAGUGUGUGGCCGACGAGACCACUUCACUGUCGAAGUGCCAUUACCAAGACUGGUUUUCCAGACGUUGCCAGAGGAGAUCAAGGAGGGCAAACCACUACAAGUGUUCCCGGUGCUGUUUAACGUGGGCAUCAACGAACAGCAGACUAUAGCAGAGAGGUUUGGAGAUAUCUCCCUACAGGAAAGAAUAAACCAGAAGAACUUUGAGAUGUUAGAAGCCUAUUUCAAAUCCUUAAGUGAAAAGGUACCACUAGAAUGUCUACCUUGUUUUCAAACACAGACUGAUGUUAAGGAAUUACUUGAAACCCUGGGCCAGAAUGUAGUCACAAAGAAAAGGAAGAAUGUGGAGAUACUAUGGAUUGCUGGAUCGAUCUGCCGAAGGUUAAAUGGCAUCAGGUUCACCAGCUGUAAAAGUGCCAAAGACCGGACAUCGAUGUCUGUCACACUUGAGCAGUGUGCCCUCCUCCGGGAUGAACACCAGCUCAGCAAGGAUUUCUUCAUCCGUGCUCUGGAUUGUAUGCGGAGAGAGGGAUGUCGUAUUGAGAAUGUUCAAAAGAACAUUAGAUGCAGGAAAUAUGCCUUCAACAUGUUGCAGCUGAUGGCCUUUCCCAAGUGCUACCGACCACCGGAGGGGACGUACGGAAAAGUUGACUCAUGAGGGGAACGAGCUGCGAAACCCGAAGUGACUCCAAAAUGUGUUUAUUUUUUACUACCAUGGUGAUGUACCUACUUUUGUUUUUGGUUGCUAUAGUAUUUCAAGGGUGGAUGUAUCUGGAUUUAGUCUCAGAACAGUAUGUGUUGCUUGCAUUAAGAGCCUUUUUUUUUUUUUACAUAACGUGUGUGAGUGUGAGAGAGAGAGAGUUAAAGCAGCUCAACCUGCAUGUAUGCGCGUGAAAACUUUAUCCUCUGCAGACUUUUUAAUGGACAGAACAUGAAGACUGAACUUCUGUGAGGCUUCCAGCUGUUUCGGUGGAGUGGACACUUCUCUCCAAAGUGAGCUGGAAACUUUUUAUGGCCUCAGACUCUAGUGAGCAGACGGUGACCUUCUCUACGAAGCAGCGUCGUGUAUCCAGGUCCAAACUCUCCAUGUACUGUUGUAGAUGUAUCAUUGUGCUGAAUGAACACUCCAGUAUUUCAAAGCAGAUGCUGAAUACCGUCGCCUGUUGAUUAGUCACAUUCUGUCACUGGUUGCACUUAAAGCUUUUUCCGUAAUGUUUUCUUUUCUUGAGGUACAGCUCAGUGAAACCACAUAAAGAGAGAUGGCAAUAGAAUAGGACGAGGGUUACAGACCGUCAUGUCUUUAAACAAAUUCCAUUAUUUAUUUUUGUAUUUUAAAAUGAUUUUAUACUCUAAGGGUUGAUACCUUGGACUGUAACGCAUGUUUAAACUG